CAGUCCCGAUCCGAAUGUCGCAUGUGUAGCUCGUUAAAAACUUCGGCACAAAACCUACACCCGCUCUCGAACGGGUUCACCGGCGCUCUGGGAACGUCGUCGUCCACACAAACCCGACCGGUGUUACGACUUUGCUGUGUGUAUGUGCGCACGCGAGUGUGUCCAGAGUGUGUUCGAGAGUGAUAAGUGAAAGUGUCACGCGGAGCAGUAGUCCUGGCCACCGACCUUUCUCCUGCUGGAACUGCUUCUCGGUCUCCGCUUGGCUCGGACCAGCACCCCGCGCGACGGCCUACAGGGAGCUUCUUGGGUUGUGAGCGCAUUCUCGUCGUCUAGCAUCGCGCGCGUGAUCAACCCCGAACGAACGUAUUUUUAGUUCGAAACGGUUCGACGUCCUUCGACCAAUCCUCGAUCGGUCGGUCGAGCCUCUUACCAUCCAUCCAUCUAACACCUUCGAUUGUGCGGCCCGCCGUUAUCCUUCUGAACUCCCAAAGCUGAAAGAAAAAGCGACAAAAUGAGCAAAAACGCUUGGGUGACGUUAGCAACAAAUGACUCCUACUCGCUGGGAGCUCUCGUGGUGGCGCAUUCGUUGAAACGAGUGCACACCGUCCAUCAGCUGGCCGUCCUGAUAACACCCGGCGUGUCCGAGGCUAUGAGGACAAAGCUGCGCAAUGUGUUCAAUCUGGUCGAAGAAGUGAACCUGCUGGACUCGAAGGAUGAGGCGAACCUGGCGCUUCUGAAGCGUCCCGAGCUGGGCAUUACCUUCACAAAACUGCACUGUUGGCGCCUGAUGCAGUACGAAAAGUGUGUGUUCCUCGACGCCGACACGCUCGUGCUGCGCAACAGCGAUGAGCUGUUCGAGCGCGAGGAGCUGUCCGCCGCACCGGACAUCGGUUGGCCAGACUGCUUCAACUCGGGCGUCUACGUAUACCGGCCCAGCCUGGAGACGUUCGCCAGUCUGCUGCAGUUUGCCGUUACCAACGGUAGCUUUGACGGUGGCGAUCAGGGGCUGCUGAAUGCGUACUUCUCCGAUUGGGCGCACAAGGACAUCCAGAAGCACUUGCCGUUCGUGUACAACACCUCGUCCGUUGCGACAUACUCGUACUUGCCAGCAUUUAAACAAUUUGGCCAUAAUACGAAAAUUCUCCAUUUCAUCGGUGUCUCCAAACCGUGGCUGCAGAACUUUAACUCCGAGACGCGCAAAGUCUACGUACCGUCUGAGUGCUACCAUCUGGCCAACUUUCUCCAGUACUGGUGGGACAUAUUCUGCGAGGAUGUCCACUCUCGGCUGAGCCCCGAUAUGCAACAAGUUUUUAGCCGCUGGAUAGCGCCAGGUUACAAGCAGGUUAGUGGCAACCAGUACCGCUCCACUGUCUCCGGCACGCUCUAUACUGCUGGCCACGUUGCGGCCAAUCAUCAUCAUGAUCAUCAAGCCGGAAGCUACCACCAGGAGGUGCAACAACAGCAACAAUAUGAGCAGCACCAGCAGCACCAGCAGCAAGAACAGAGAGAACAGUUCAUUCCAUCCUACGAUUCGGUGACGGUUUAUGUUGAUCCAUGGGAAGAGUUUCUGCAGAGACAAGAGCGCGAACAGGAGCAGCGCAAGCAGGAAGAGGAGCGCCUGUAUUUCCAAUACUUGAACGAUCUGCGCUCACAGGAACACCUUGCCCAAACUCGCCAAGAGCACGAGCAGUGGUUAACGCGCCAGACUCAAGAUCAUUCUCAGCAUCACCACCAUCAUCAUGAUCACCAUCGCGAUCAUACGCAUCAUCAAGCUUUGCAGCACCAUGGUCAUCAUCAUCAUCAGCAUCAGCAGCAAGAGAGGAGUGAGGCUCACUUGCAAGAGCAGCAGCAGCAGCAUCAUGAUGCUAAUGUAUUUCAGCGCACAGAGCAAUGGGUUGAUCGGAUGAUACAGCAACACCACCAUCAUGACCAAGGACACUGGGAAACGCCACCUGGUGCCAGUUCCGAUUCGAAGCACCAGUCCUACCAACCAUCCGCUGGUAGUGGUGACGGAGGCACGUGGAAAGAUCAACAGCAACUGACUUCCGAAUCUGACGGCGUGAUGGCAAAGCAAUCCGAACCAUUUCCGUUACGAACGGACCAACCAGGGCAUGUUCCGGCUCAGCAAGAAGCGCCCCCACAACAAAGUACAGCCACAGACGGUGGGCACCAGGAUACGGGUGAUGGUGGUGGUGGUAGUGGUGGUGAUUCUGGAGGAGGGGUCGACGCGUGUGGCCUUGCUGGUGCUUUGGCACAGCUUCAUCUCGGCGAAGCAAAGUCGCUGGAGCAGGAAGCUUACGAGGAGCACAUGCGCCGCCAGUGCUGGGAAACGGGUAAUAUCGAUUACAUGGGCCGGGACUCUUUCGACAAUAUUUGGCGGCGCAUUCAGCAAACGCUCAAUGCUGGUAAUGCAACCGCGGUAAGCGACGCGGCUACCACAGCGACCACCUCUACCACUAGCACCAUAGUGACGGUUGCACCAGCCCGUUCAACUCGUUCG